CGUGGUCGCUUUUAUUUUUUAACCUAUCUUUUUUUGACGCCGCCGACCGCCGUACACUUUAAAAUUCGCCAAGUUACAAGUUUCGUCGUGUUUAUAUUAGUUUCGAGUUUUGUCAUUGUCGUCACACGUUUCGUGUCCAACAGACUUAAAAAAUGCGUUACGUGGCUGCAUAUUUGUUAGGUUCCUUGAGUGGAAAAGAACCAUCCAGUGAUGAAAUUGAAAAAAUCCUUAGUUCUGUUGGUAUUGAAUCUGACUCUGCUAAAGUUAGUCUCAUUCUCAAAGAAUUGAAAGGAAAGAAUGUUGAAGAAGUUAUUGAAAGUGGCAGGUCCAAAUUGGCCAGCGUACCUACUGGUGCUGCCGUAGCAGCAUCUGCUGGAGCUGGAGCAGCAGCACCAGCAGCUUCUGAAGAAAAAGCCGCCAAGAAAGAGGAAAAGAAAGAAGAAUCCGAUAAUGAAUCUGAUGAUGAUAUGGGCUUUGGACUGUUCAACUAAGAUUAAGAUAUUUUCCUGAAUUUUUUGUGCACUUCAGAAACUGAUGGUUCAAUAAAAUAAACAUUUUAAUUUUUUA